CAAAUUAAAGAAGAACAAAAGUCCGACCCUGAGGAGCAAGAGGAGGAUGAGAUGGAGGAAGAAGCAAUGAGACACGCCGAUUCUCCUUCUGCUGUCUGCAAACCACGACGUGGACGUAUUUCACGAGAACAAGAAAGGAGAUUAUCCUCUCACUUUGAAGACGAAGAAGAAAAUGAUGAUGAGGCUGAUGGAUCAAGUUCUCGUUGUAGGGAAUUUCCUGUUUCGAGCCCAUCAAGCGGGCCUCGUAGACGUGGUGCUGGAGCCAAACAUACUAGGGACUUCCGUAGUCUGGUCAAAGCUGCUCAACGUGAUGUUGCUGCAGCUCGUCGUUUUGCAGUAUCUCAACGCCACAGGGGCUCGGCUUCACGUGGCCGAGGUGGUGCUGGUAGGCCUCGUGGGAGUCUUUCUCGUCAGUUGUACCAGAAACAGUACCAACAGCGAAGGAAAUCUCGUCAAGAAGCUAUCAAUAAUGAAGAGGAAUACGAUGAGGAGUUAUGUGAAGCUCCAGGUGGAUGUAAGAGACCUAGUGGAAAUGUCAGUUGGGUGGCGUGUGAUCAGUGCGACUCCUGGUACCAUCAGCGAUGUGUUGGCAUCAUGAAUACUCGGGAGGUUCCGGAUGUGUAUGUGUGUAACAACUGCCAAGCGAACAACACCGCGACCAGAAGGGAGGCCCUCAAGAUUAAAAAUUUCCGAGUAAUCCGAGGAGGACGCUGGAAGAAGAUGUGUGAUGCUGAGAUGUACCUUUCGGAUUUUGAAGUGGAAGAGGGGAUGGGUGAAAACGAACCAUCGGCAUCACCAAAACGGCCUCGAAUCUGUUCUCCAGAAUCUGUUCCAUCCACCUCGAGAUCAACAGUUGGCGUUGAAAGCGCAGGUGCUGAAGCUUUGCUUGCUGCGAUUGACGUCCUCGAUGCCAUUCCACAAGAAAUGGAUGCAGCAGACGCCGCAAAAGCGGAGAAUGUGAUAAAUGACAACCCAUCUCCUUGUCAUCAGCCGAAACCAGACGAGGAGUCUGAGCUUCUGAUGGUUGAAUAG